AUGAUUCCUAUCGUAUGUCAUACAGUAUCGUUUCUGCAACCGGUGGCAGACUACACCGAGGCUAUUGCAACUGUCAAGCAAAAGGAUUCGGGCUUCAUGGCUGAGGAAACCCCGCCAAUUCCUGUAAAGCCCAAUUCGAUUAGCAGUGAGAUGGACUCCUGCAGCGGUCAGAUGAGCAACUAAUUAAUAAGAUCCGGUAUGAUCAGUACUGCAAAUUGAAAUGCCUCAAUUCUUUUGAGCCUGUAGGCCUAUCAGAAGCGGGCAGAAAUGGUCUGCAAGAAUCUAGAGCUAGCAGCACAAUCAAUGAAUUCGAUGCAAUCCAAGGUAAAUAUCAAUAUCUAUGUCAGACUGGAUAAGAUAGUCAUGCUUUCGACGUACCGUCGGUAUGUUGAAGGGAUCUAAUUGAAACUAAAGAUGCAGAUAAUGAUAAAGCUCAAUCAUCAAAAUAAGAUAAUCAUACCACUUCUAGUUUGUUUGAAAGAAAAAGAGUAAGUAGUUGAUCAAUGGAUCUGUGGCGCGUAUGUGUCGCCAUCAAUACAGAUCA